AUGGCAUCACUCAAAGCAAUGAAACCUCUUGGCUCUCAGUCAACCGAGUCUGUCAAGAAAGAGCCUGCAGCUAAACCCAGCAGCAGUGCACCCAAAGUUCCAGCCUCAAAACCAGCCCCUAAAAAGGCCGAGCAGAAGGCCCGGGAGCCUAAAAAGAAGGCAUCAGGAUCAAUGAAGCAUUACAAAUUAAUGGCAUCAUUGAAGGCUGAGAAAUCUGUUGGCACUCAACUCUUCGGGCAGGCCAAGAAGGAGCCUGCCAAGCCUAAUGACAGCAACUCCAAAACCACGGCUUCAAAGCCAGCCACAAAGAAGAGUGCACAAAAGCCUCAAGAACCCAAGAAGAAGAAAUAUCGUUAUGUUCAGGGAAAAGGAGGCAAAUCAGGGAAGCACUAA